UGAUAUCAAUUCAUUUAUAGCAUCCCGAUCUCAGCAUCAGUCUGUAGCUGAACAUGUUCAUGUGAUAUGGUACGGUCAACCUGAACAAUACUUGCCAUAUACGAGCCUCCAACUCUCAUUCCAGGUACUUUCUCGCGGCAGACCAAGGGGAACUAAUGGAAGCACAGGCGUUCUUUUCUGUCCCACAUGAAUUGCCUGUCGUGGUCAUCUUCACUGGCUUGGAUGAGUUCGUGAGAAUAGAACUGCAGAAAAUUAGCGACAGCGAAAGCGAUGUCCCUCAGGCUGACGAAGAAGAGACCGAAGAAGAAGACCCUGAAGAACAAGCUAUGUCAAGAGCUAUGGAGAGGUUUGGCACUCAAUACAAACACAAAUUGAUGAUAAUGCAGUACCCUCCCAAAGAAGUUGUCGCGCUGUCUGAGCCCCACAAGUCAGAUCCGAAAGACAGCCGGUUCUCUGGGUUGGUUGCGGCAACUUUGGAGUGUCUUAGAGUCAUAGGCGAGGUACCGAAAGACGAUCCCCGCCGUCGUGUGGAAACCCUUUUUAUAGCCGCGCAAAUGGCAGAUGUUAGACCCAAACGCCAUUUGUCGCUGUCGUAGGUGUCGGCUCUCGUUUGAAUGUGUUCAGUAACUAAUAGUCGUCUUUACGCAGAUCUGGAUUUCCAAGUCAGUACUAAUCUUCGUUACCUUGCCUAAAUUCAUUCUUGACAUAUCUUAUUGAUAGCCAUUGUCGGCGAGAAGUAUGAACUAAUGCCAUCAUCAAAUCGUCGCCUCAGACAGAGGUUCAGAGAGAUCUGGGGUCCAUCCUUACCAGUCAAGACAGUCCGUACAUAAUCUUUCAUCAUACUGUCUCAGAAAGCUGAUUCGGC